AUCAUACCAAUCUGUACAUGACUGAGUUGGUCACUGAAGGCGACCCUGUCGAAGUCAACUGCACUGCUGAAAGUUUCCCACUGCCAACUUUCACUCUGGCAAGAUAUUCUAAAUCAAAUUCUCAGACUCCAGAAUGGAGUUUAAUUUUAGACAACUCCUACAAAUUUAAGGCAAAUUCAACAGACGCAGGCUUUUACACCUGCAAGGCCUCAAACAGCGAAGGAAACCAGUGGAGCUCAAAAAAGCAACUGGUGGUGAAUUAUAGCCCCAGAGAGGUGAAAAUAACAGGUCAUCCUGGUCUUAUUGUAAAAGAGAAUGAGUCAUUAACACUGGAUUGCAGUGCCAACUCGUACCCAUCAGUAAGCUCCUUCACCUGGAUGAAGAUGAUCGAUGGGAUGAUGGAAAGCACUAUAAGCACUGGGACACCGUUCAUUGUGGAUUCUGCCAGUGUCUCUGACAGCGGGAAGUACCGCUGUACGGCCACAAAUAAAAUUGGAACGGGGAAAUCAGUGCAAGUUGAAGUUAAAGUUAAGCAUGGUCCAAAAUUCACAAAGAUUGAAAAAGAAAAGGAAGAGCAGCAUGAUGAACUGACAGGAGUGAAACUGAGGUGCAUCAGUCAGUGCUAUCCUGAAGUCACGCAAUAUUCAUGGUACCAGAGGAUAAACAAAAAAGAGAACAAAAAUGUAGCAAACGGUACGGAUAUUUUUGUGAGAUCAGACCAGCCUGGGGAGUACUACUGCGUCGCAAAAAACGAAAUUGGUGAAAGAUCAUCUGAGCCAAUCAAGCUAUUUGACGACACAGUUAUGAAGAUUGUGAAGGUCUUCUCGCUUUGUCUUAUUUUUCUAAUUGUAUGCAUACUCAUCUUUUUGUACAGACGCAGAAGGAACAAUUUGAUUCAACAAAGAACUACAAAUGUGUGGUCCUGGAGUAGUUUUCUGGGUUCCUGGAAUGGAGUCAGCAGGAGCAGUGGGAAUCAGAGUGGUUUGGCAGAGCCGUUCAGGAGCAGAGAUGACCUCUUGCUAAACCAUCCAUGUCAACCAAAUGCCCAACGACCCCAGCGUCAUCCAGACAGCACGACUGCAUCCAACGUGAACACUGUUUACUCUGCUGUGAAUCUGCCCAAAAGCAAACAGGCUGCCUCUGCACAAAACCCAAUCAAAGGACACGGUGGAAACAUGGGAAAUGAUUCUCUCAACUACGCUUCUGUGUUCUUUGAGAAUAGAAAAAAGGAUUCAGAGGAGGAUGCUGAGUACUCUGUGGUGUCAAAGCCUAAGAAGUCAAAAGUGACAGAACAAGAAGUGCAGGAGGACUAUGAGAACAUCGGCGAAGAACUUCCACCCAAACCUCCAUAUACAUAUAACUUUGACUCAGAGACAGAUACCAGUGAAGAUGAGGUGGAGGUCAACUAUGCUCAUGUGAACAUUAAGCCAAAGUCUGGCCACCAGCGAGACUCCAGCAGCAGCAGCAGCAGCGAAGAUGAAACUCAGUACUCUCAGGUCAAAAUUUGACUAAAAAUGCUUUGAUC